CUUCACUGUUUGCCUUCCUUGGUGCCCCCCACCCCCCCACAUGGAAGCCAUGCCCUGGUGGCAUCCCUAAUACUUGGCGGUUAAUCCUCCCUAAUCCCUCUGCAGAGCUGCCCUCGCCUCAUGCCCCCCAGGGGGUCACCAACCCGCUGCGGCCAUGUCUCUGCUGUGUGUCCGAGUUAAAAAGGCCAAACUCCAGGGGCCCCCAGAUAAGUAUAAUACGUACGUGACGUUAAAGGUGCAGAAUGUGAAGAGCACGACGGUGACGGUGCGAGGGGACUGUCCCUCCUGGGAGCAGGAUUUCAUGUUUGAAAUCAGCCGUCUGGAUCUGGGGCUCAUCGUGGAAAUGUGGAAUAAAGGGCUGAUUUGGGACACCAUGGUGGGCACGGUGUGGAUCCCGCUGCAGACCAUCCGCCAGGCGGACGAGGAGGGUCCCGGAGAAUGGGUGGCUCUGGAGUCCGAGGUCUUGAUGAAAGACGAUGAGAUUUGCGGCACCAGGAAUCCCACCGAUCACCGGAUUUUGCUGGACGCCCGCUUUGAGUCGCCCUUCGAUCUCCCGGAGGAGGAGGCGAGGUACUGGACCCGGAACCUGGAGCGCAUUAAUUCCCGGGGAGACGCUGGAGAGUUUCCCUUCGCCGAGGACGUUCAGAGGACGCCGUUACCGGUUGCUGCCUCCCAGUGCUCGUUUGAAGACCAGGACAGCGCCGUGGAUGACCGGGACAGUGACUACCGCAGUGAAACCAGUAACAGCAUUCCACCGCCGUACCACACCACCUCCCAGCCCAACGCCUCCGUGCACCAGUUUCCGGUGCAGCCUCGGCUUCAGCAGCAAGGAGGCGGCUCGCGGGAGUCCUGCGCGGACUCCGUGCAAAACUACGACUUGGAUUUCCGAGACCGGAGAGCCAGAAGGCGAUGCGAUAGCAUAGAGUCCAGCGCAAACGGACGGACUGAUCUAGAGUCUGCGUCUGAAUCUAGCCAGCCGACGAGCCGCCAUCCUUCUCUAGAAAGCAGGCAUUCUCUAGAUCUGUCGGAUAGUCCCGGUGGCAGCAGCCGCUACGGCUCCUCCGGGAACGUCAGCCAAGGCAGCUCGCAGCUCAGCGAACUCGACCAUUUCCACGAGAGCCUUCAGUCCCUGGAGCUGGAAGACGAGCGCCGGGAGCCCGGCUUCCCCUUCCGCACCUCGGCCCGCGUGAGAAGGAGCGACCAGGAGUGGUACAGCGACCACGAGCCGGCGCUGCCGCUGCCCCAGGACAACCAGGUGGUUCUGGAAACCCUCGCAAGCAAAAUACCCCCGGAGCUCGAGCGGCCAAAAGAGGCUACCGCCGAGAGGCGAGAGAGCUUCCAUGAAGAUGUCGGCCCGCCACCCUUCUCACCGGCCAGAGCUCGCUGGCUCCGCGCCAUUAACAAGGUCCGAGUGGAGAUGCAGCAGAAUCAAGACGAUGGAGAUCCUUCGAAGCCGCCGUGGUUUAAGGGAGGGCCUGGCGGGGGGUUAUACGGCAUUGACAGUAUGCCCGAUCUGCGCAAGAAGAAGCCUAUACCGCUGGUUAGCGAUCUGUCCCUGGUCCAGUCCCGGAAAGCUGGCAUCACCUCUGCGAUGGCUACUCGGACUUCUCUCAAGGACGAAGACCUGAAAUCGCACGUCUACAAGAAAACACUGCAAGCCUUAAUCUACCCCAUCUCCUGCACCACACCGCACAACUUCGAGGUGUGGACCGCGACAACGCCAACCUACUGCUACGAGUGCGAGGGCCUGCUGUGGGGGAUCGCCCGGCAGGGCAUGCGCUGCUCGGAGUGCGGGGUGAAAUGCCAUGAGAAGUGCCAGGACCUGCUGAACGCGGACUGCCUGCAGAGGGCAGCGGAGAAGAGCUCAAAGCACGGCGCCGAGGACCGGACGCAGAACAUUAUCAUGGCCAUGAAGGACCGGAUGAAGAUCAGGGAAAGGAACAAGCCGGAAAUCUUUGAGGUGAUCAGAGAUGUCUUCAAUGUGGGCAAAGUGGCUCACACUCAGCAGAUGAAGACGGUCAAGCAGAGUGUCCUCGAUGGGACGUCGAAGUGGUCGGCAAAGAUCACCAUCACCGUUUUGUGCGCUCAGGGUCUGCAAGCCAAGGACAAGACGGGCUCCAGCGACCCGUACGUCACCGUGCAGGUGGGGAAGACCAAGAAGAGAACUAAAACCAUCUACGGCAACUUAAACCCCGUGUGGGAGGAAAAAUUCCACUUCGAGUGCCACAACUCCUCGGACCGCAUCAAAGUCCGGGUCUGGGAUGAGGACGAUGACAUCAAGUCUCGAGUGAAGCAGCGGCUGAAGCGAGAGUCCGACGACUUCCUGGGGCAGACGAUUAUCGAAGUCCGCACGCUGAGCGGCGAGAUGGACGUGUGGUACAACCUAGAGAAACGCACAGACAAGUCUGCCGUGUCGGGCGCCAUCCGCCUGCAGAUUAAUGUGGAGAUUAAGGGCGAGGAGAAGGUGGCGCCGUACCACAUCCAGUACACGUGCCUGCACGAGAACCUUUUCCAUCAUCUCACCGACAUUCAGGGCAGCGGCGGGGUGAAGAUCCCCGAAGCCAAAGGAGACGACGCCUGGAAGGUUUACUUCGACGAAACUGCCCAGGAGAUCGUGGAUGAGUUUGCCAUGCGCUACGGGAUCGAGUCCAUCUACCAGGCCAUGACACACUUUGCUUGCCUGUCGUCGAAGUACAUGUGCCCCGGGGUCCCGGCCGUCAUGAGCACUCUGCUCGCCAACAUCAACGCCUACUACGCCCAUACCACGGCGUCCACCAACGUGUCGGCCUCCGACCGCUUCGCGGCCUCCAACUUCGGGAAAGAGAGGUUUGUGAAGCUCUUGGACCAGCUGCACAAUUCCCUGCGCAUCGAUCUCUCCAUGUACCGGAACAAUUUCCCGGCCAGUAACCCGGAUCGCCUGCAGGACCUGAAAUCCACCGUGGACCUGCUGACCAGCAUCACGUUCUUCCGCAUGAAGGUUCAGGAGUUACAGAGCCCCCCUCGUGCCAGCCAGGUGGUCCGGGACUGUGUGAAAGCGUGUCUCAACUCCACCUACGAAUACAUCUUCAACAACUGCCACGAGCUGUACAGCCGCGAGUACCAGACCGACACGAACAAGAAGCAGGACGUCCCUCCGGAGGAGCAAGGUCCGUGCAUCAAGAACCUGGACUUCUGGCCCAAGCUUAUUACCCUGAUCGUGUCCAUCAUCGAGGAGGAUAAGAACGCCUACACGCCGGUGCUAAACCAGUUUCCCCAGGAGCUGAAUGUCGGGAAGGUCAGCGCGGAGGUCAUGUGGAAUCUCUUCUCUCAGGAUAUGAAGUACGCCAUGGAAGAGCACGAGAAGCAUCGGCUGUGUAAGAGUGCGGAUUACAUGAACCUGCACUUCAAGGUGAAAUGGCUGUACAACGAGUACGUGCAGGACCUGCCCGCCGUGAAGGAGAAAGUGCCCGAGUACCCAGCGUGGUUCGAGCAGUUUGUGAUGCAGUGGCUGGAUGAGAACGAGGAGGUCUCUCUGGAAUUCCUUCACGGGGCUCUGGAACGCGACAAGAAAGACGGGUUUCAGCAGACCUCGGAACAUGCGCUGUUCUCCUGCUCGGUGGUGGACGUCUUCACCCAACUCAACCAAAGCUUUGAGAUCAUUAAGAAGCUGGAGUGUCCGGACCCGGUUAUCGUGGCGCACUACAUGAGGAGGUUCGCCAAGACCAUCAGUAAAGUGCUGCUCCAAUACUCCGAGAUCCUCUCCAAGUCCUUCCAGUCCUACUGCUUUAAGGAGAAGCUGCCUUGUAUCCUGAUGAACAACGUCCAGCAGCUCCGAGUCCAGCUGGAGAAGAUGUUCGAAGCCAUGGGCGGGAAGGAGUUGGAUCCUGAAGCCAGCGACACGUUGAAGGAGCUCCAGGUGAAACUCAACAAUGUGUUGGACGAACUGAGCACCGUGUUUGGGAACAGCUUCCAGUUCCGCAUCGACGAAUGCAUUAAACAAAUGUCCGAGAUCCUGGGCCACGUGAAGGGGACGGGGAACGUGGCGGCCAACGCGAGGAACACCGUGGCGCAGGAUGCAGACAACGUCUUACGGCCGCUUAUGGACUUCCUGGAUGGGAACCUGACGCUCUUCGCCACGGUGUGUGAGAAGACUGUGCUGAAGCGCGUCCUGAAGGAGCUCUGGAGGGUGGUCAUGAACACCAUGGAGAAGAUGAUCGUUCUGCCUCCACUCACGGACCAGUCGGGGACGCAGCUGAUUUUCACGGCGGCGAAGGAGCUGGGGCAGUUAUCCAAGCUGAAGGAUCACAUGGUGCGAGAGGAGACCCGGAGCCUGACCCCGAAGCAGUGUGCCGUCAUGGACCUGGCGCUGGACACCAUCAAGCAAUACUUCCACGCCGGCGGCAGCGGCCUCAAGAAAGCCUUCCUGGAGAAAAGCCCCGAGCUGCAGUCUCUGCGCUACGCGCUGUCUCUCUACACGCAGACCACGGACACUCUCAUCAAAACCUUCGUGCAGACGCAGACCGCGCAGGUGUAUUAUGGGAAGGGUAUUAGAUAUACAGCUAAUGAGGACAUUCUUCCCGACGUGGGCUCCGGCGUGGAGGAUCCCGUGGGUGAAGUCUCCAUACAGAUAGACCUCUUCACCCACCCCGGAACCGGCGAGCAGAAGGUGACCGUGAAAGUGGUGGCGGCCAAUGACCUGAAGUGGCAGACGACCGGCAUGUUCCGGCCCUUCGUGGAGGUCACCAUGAUCGGCCCCCACAUGAGCGACAAGAAGAGGAGGUUCACCACCAAAUCGAAGAGCAACAACUGGGCUCCGAAGUACAACGAGACGUUCCACUUUAUUUUAGGGAACGAGGACGGGCCGGAGUGUUACGAGCUGCAGGUCUGUGUCAAGGACUAUUGCUUCGCCCGCGAGGAUCACGUGCUGGGCAUCGCCGUCAUGCAGCUCCGCGACAUUGCAGAGAAGGGCAGCUGCGCAUGCUGGUGCCCCCUGGGCCGGCGGAUCCACAUGGACGAGACGGGCCUCACCGUGCUGCGGAUUCUCUCCCAGAGGACCAACGACGAGGUGGCCCGAGAGUUCGUCAAACUCAAAUCCGAGACGCGCUCCGCGGAGGAGGGGAGCUGAGCGGCCCCCGCGCCGAAACCAGAGGGGCCACGAGGAACGGAACGCCAUCGCGGGAUCGUCACGGAAACCGGUGAAGGCCGGUGUGGAAAAGGAGGAUUUCCGUUGUGUAUAUAAAUUAUUUAUAAGGAAAGCGGCCGGUGAUGGAGGCCGAGGAGUCGUCUCUCGGAAGGACCCGGAAGCUUCUGGAUCUCGUUUCUCUCCCUCUUCAGAAAUAAGCUGACGCUCGGCGGCUCUCGCUGGAUUUAUGAUAUUUACGGCCACGCGAGGCCCCCGUUCACCAAGCCGAGGGCCGCUGCCAGUGAAUUAUAUAACGGGGGUCCGCACCGCGACUGGAUAACGUUUCGCUGACACGUUUAUUUACGUUAUUUUCAGAAAAAGAUGCUUUUAACGAUGUUUUAAUUAUUUUUUUAAAUAUGGAAAUGUC